CGGCCGGCGCGGCCAACUGAACUUGCAAGCAUAACCACGCUUUUCUAUACUACUCCACAAUUGAUAGAAUUUCUCUGUUUUAUCCCCACUUCUCCUCUUUUUUUAACUCCUAAUUACUUCGUCACCUUUUCUUCCGUCGGAUACCUAGCAAUCUCGCAAUUUGUCGCGAAUUCGGAUAUAUGUUUGAAUUUGUUGCCGCGGUUUCAGUUAGGUUUACGGUUAAGUAGUUAUGGGGAGAGGCAACGGAGUGAGGGAGGACAAAUGGUGAAGAAGAGGAAGAAAUUUAUGAUGGGGAAUGAGAAGUUGCAGGUGGGGAAAAGGAGAGCUGUUUCCGAUGAUUUUGACGGAAAGGAAGAUGAUAAGGUGGUGUUGAGAUUGCCUAGUGUGGUCAGUAAUGCUUCUACUCAGGCAUAUUUUUCUGAUGGUAACAUGAGCAGAGACAUAACUUUGCAGUCCUUUGAGCCACCUGCAGUGGCAUUUGAUGCUCUUGAACUGGAGAAAGCAAUGUUGAGGACAUCCUUAUUACUCGAUUCUAGUGAUGAACUGCCAAAGUUUAAUAUAGGGGAAACUGGAUAUGGUAAUGAAAAGGUAACAGAUUUUUUUGUCAAUAGGGACGAAGUCAACUACGCAUCAAGAACAGGAUGUCAAUUUGACUCUCUUGAUUCUCGUGGAUGCCAAAAUUUCCUGCCAUCAAUAUCAGAGCACAGGGUGAAAGCUGUUCCUUUUUCAGAGAUGAAUCAUGUUGCUAUGUUGCAAAGUCCCUUUGGAAGCAUGGAAGACAAUGUAAAUGAAGAAAGUUCAUUCAGAAAAAUUAGAUUCACCGGAACAUCUAGGUUACAAUUGUAUCAAGAGACGCAACAUUCACAAAAAGAAGUGGUGCCUGUUGUUGAUCCUUGUGAAAGUGGGAAUGAAGAUAUAAAAUUCAUGCAAAGCAAUCAGGAAGAGCCACACAGAGCAAAUGAUGAAAAUUGUCUGAUUGCUAUGAAUAAAAUAGAUGGGUUACAAGAGGAUAAGCUUCUAAAAAACAUAUCAGAGGACUGCAGUUCUAUGAUACCAUCUAUAGAAAAAGAAAAGGUAAUAAAGCUUCCAAAUAGUCAGGCUACAUUGACAGCAAGUGGUCUUUCUGUUGGUCAGAAUCCACUAGCCAAGAUCUCCCAUAAAUCGAAGACUGAUCAAAAGCAAGCACCGAGUCAGAGGCUCCAUUCCAUAGACAAGACUUUAGAGAAUGCUAAUGCUGCUUGCUCUCCUUUACAGAAGCUGCAAACAAGAACAGAUAAGAAACCAAUCCCGAUGAAGCAGCACAUGAAGUAUUAUGGUCACCAAGAUAUGAAUGUGAAGGAAAAGAAGGAAAAUUUAGAUAAAAAUAGGGAACCUUCUGUUAAUCCAUCUCAUGUGAGCUUGUUGGAGCAGGGACAACAAAGAGUGCUACCAAACUUUGAACCUUUUAUCGUGGAAGAAGAAGAGGGCUCAGGUGGUUAUGGCACAGUUUACAGGGCAAGAAGGAAGAGUGAUGGAGUCACAUUUGCUAUCAAAUGUCCACAUGUUAAUGCUAAUCGAAAUCACGUCCAUAAUGAGCUGAAGAUGCUGGAGCGAUUUGGGGGAAAGAACUUUGUAAUUAAAUAUGAAGGCUCAUUUAAAAAUGGGGAUUCUGACUGCCUUGUCUUGGAGCACGUUGAGCAUGAUCGGCCUGAGGUCUUGAAGAGAGACAUAGAUGUUUGUGAGCUUCAGUGGUAUGGUUAUUGUAUGUUCAGAGCCCUUGCUGGUCUACAUAAGCAGGGCAUUGUUCAUAGGGAUGUUAAACCUGGCAACUUUCUUUUCAAUCGCAAGGCUUGUAAAGGCUAUCUCAUUGAUUUUAAUUUGGCCAUGGACUUGAACCAAAAAUAUGGCACUGCAGACAAAACUAAGCUGAGCCAUGAUGUGAGCUUAAAUAGCGUUCCUCUUUCUCGUGCCAUUUCUAUUCCACCUAGUAAGAGCAGGAAAAUCCUGACUCCAAAAGCUGUGGAAUUAGCUAACCGGGAGCAAGGAAAAGUAUUAAAGCCCCUUCUAAUCUCCAAGGACACGAGGAAGAAGAUUCAAAACUCUAACCAUUGUGCUGAGGUAGGCAGUAGAAGUGCAAUCAAAAGUCAGGGUGCUGAUGGCUCUGGGAUAACCUCGGCAAGGGAAGCAACAAGCACCAAAACUUUAUCCGCAGAGAAGUUCAGAGAACCUCUACCAAGCCAAGGUAGGAAGGAACUGAUCAACCUGGUGCAGGAAGCAUUGCAGGGUGCAAACCGUGGAUCAGCAAAUGUUCCUGUUUCCAAGAGAAAGAGGAUUGCUGCAACUCCUGCAAAAGUGGAUCGGAAAUUUCUUUACAUAACUCCAAUGCCACUGCACUCAGCUGGAGGAGUUGUUGGCGGUGCAGGAGUAUUGAAGAAUAAAGGGGAUGGAAAAAAUAAACGAGAAGGUCCCUGUGUCGGCACAAAGGGCUUCAGGGCUCCAGAGGUAUUGUUCAGAUCCCUACAUCAAGGCCCUAAGGUUGAUAUUUGGUCGGCUGGGGUGACCUUACUCUACCUGUUGGCUGGACGGACACCUUUUGCAGGCGAUCCUGACCAGAAUGUCAAGGAGAUUGCCAAGUUGAGGGGCAGUGAAGAUCUGUGGGAAGUGGCCAAGCUACACGGUCGGGAAUCCUCAUUUCCUGCGGGUCUAUUGGACAUAAAAUCCUUGCCAUCCAUUAAACUCCAAGAUUGGUGUAAACACAACAAUAGAAGACCGGAUUUCCUUGAGGUUAUCCCAGGAUCUUUUUUUGAUCUCGUGGAUAAGUGCUUAACAGUGAAUCCAAGAUUGAGGAUUAGUGCGGAAGAAGCUCUUAGGCAUGAAUUUUUCACCCCAUGUCAUGAGGCCCUAAGAAAGCAUAGGUUGCUCAGACAAGAAGCUAGCCUGGAUUCUGCAUCUUCCUGCGUUCUUUUACACGAACAAUCUCAAAAAUGUGCAGAAGUCUCGUGAACAGUUUUAAUCAGGUUAUAUCCUCUUUCUUGAAAGUAGAAUAGAUCGUCAAUGAACUCAUCCUUUUUUCCCCCUUCUUGUGGGUCAAAUAUUCCCUUUUUCCCUCAGCCUCCAUGGUCCCCUGUUGCAUUGCGUCUUAAAUUAAUCCGAUAUUCCGUACGGAGUUAUGUUCGUCGGACAUCCACCGCUUGGGCUUUGAUUGAUACCUAAAUGGUUUAAUGCUCCAGGAGAAAUUACUGCAAAUUUCUUCCAACCUAUAUUACAGUUAGGCUUUAUACCGAGU